AAACUGGAAUUAUUAGAAAGCUAAAAAAAUUCUUUGGCAUUACCAAACAAGUCAAAGAAGUAAAAGUGUCAAUCACUAAAGAAAAAUUCUUAGAGAAGUCUUAUAAAGUCGGAAAAAAGAAGUUACACAACAAAAAGAUAGCACCUAUAAUCAUCUGGGAUUUUGGAGGGCAGGAUGUUUUCUAUUCAACUCAUCAGACAUUUCUGACAUACAGAGCUAUUUACAUAGUUGUAUUGGAUGGAAGUAGAAAACUUGAUGAUCCUUGUCCGUUUGAACAGUACCUUCCAGGAAAGAGUGGACAUAAAACCUCAAGAGAUUAUCUGCUAUUCUGGAUCAACACCAUUGUAACAUACUGUAAAGGAAGUAUUCAGGGGUUUCCUAAAAUUAUGGUUGUUUUAACGCACAAAGAUCAGGUAAAAGCUAGUGAGGUUGAAACAAGACGACAUUACAUAUUUGGAGAAAUCUACAAGAUGUUUCACAAAACACCAUUAAUGCAACACUUGGUGAUUGAUGAUAAAAUAUUUGUAAACGCUAAAGACAAAUAUGACCCAGAAAUGGCGGCGAUAAAGGCUGCUAUCAUCAGAGAAUCAGAGAGGCAACCAACAUGGGGCGAACCACUUCCAAAGUGCUUUAUCCCGUUAGAAUUAGAAUUUGCAUCGCUGAUCAGGCGCAACACUCCCCUGAUUACCCUAGAGCAUCUGAAGAAAGUAAAUGCAUUGCAGCCUGUUAGACCAUUGUCAGAAGUUGAGUUAAAUGUAUUUCUUAAAUUUCAGCAUUCCAUUGGCAAGCUUUUGUACUUUGAUGAACAUAAAUUGGACGACAGAAUAAUUCUAACUCCCACUCUUCUCAUUGAUGCAUUUAAAUCUAUUGUUACUGAUAGAAGGUUCUGCCAAGGAGACACAGAAAGGGAAGAGUUGUGGGAUGUAAUGGGCAAGAAAGGGGUAGUCUCAAAGAAAGUUAUCAAAACCGUUUGGAAAAAAAAGAAAUAUCGGAAAUUCUACAAAGAUAAAGAUUAUUUACUGGAUGUCAUGACCCACCUGGAUAUAUUGGUAGAACCAAAAAGAUACGAUUCAGACCGCAACCGUAUCCCUGCUGAGUUUUACUAUGUUGCUAGUAUGAUACGAGCGGAAGAUGAUUCUGGAUACCUCCAAUCAGCUGGUUUCACACACAGGAGUAUUGCCAUAGCCUUUCAAUCGUCAUCAUUGAUGAUACCUCCUGCAUUAUCUUUUAGAUUUAUAAGCUACUGUCUAUAUGUCUGGGCGGUGAAGACAUAUGGAGAGCCCAACAAGGACAUGCUGUUCCAUAGGUCAGGGGUGUUCACCAUUGAUCCGUCUUUAGAUAUGUACAUUGCCUGCGAAGAUAAGAUUAUCAUUGCUCGUCUUGUUCAUGCCACAUCAAACUCACUUAUAAUGAGGGAUGUAGCUUCCAGUAUCUAUGAAUGUCUAACAUCAGCCUUAGAGAAAAUAAGUCAGCUGUAUAUAAGAACAAGUAGCGACCAGACUCAAACCAGUGAAGCAUCCUUUAUGACCCUGAUAUGUUGUAACUCACCAGAUAACCCAUGUUUCCUCCAAGUCAACGAUCUAGCUAACACAGAAGAAGUGUGGAUAUGUCCUUCACAUGGCAUUGAACACAGGAUACACACAAUGACAUCAUGGAUUACAGAAAAGGAUGAAGAAAAGUGCAAACCUGGGUGCACAGUUACUAAAGAGGAGUUUCUGAAAGCGACACCAUCAGACCUACACAUACGUCGUCUGUCGUUAUUGUACAGUCCAUUUGAAGCUAAAGAGAUGGCAAUACAUCUGGGAUUGUCGAACAGGGAAGUUGAAACAAUAUUUGAAACUGAAGAUCCUAAGACUGCAUGUUUUGAAAUUUUGAGACAAUGUCGAGAUAGCAGGAUGGUGACAUUCAAAGACUUCAAAGAGGCAUUACAGAUAAUUGGAAAAGAAAGUAUCCACAUACUUUGCAAGCUUGUGAAAGGCCAACCUAUUUAUUUUGACAUUGAACCUGAGAAGUGGGAUUUGGUACCUACAGCAGAACACAUUGACAGAUUGGCUCCAUUGGUAGGCAAAAACUCCCUCCCGUUCCUAAUCGAGCUUGGAAUGGAUUUUCAUACCUGGGAACAGAUCAGCCAUAGGCAAAAUGAAAGAGAUUUGGUAAGAUUGAACCGGGAUAUCUUAGAAGAAUGGAGAUUCAAGUUUUGCAGGAUGCACAGUCUGAAACCAACUUUACGAAAAAUCGCGCAUGCGUUCAGUAACAUUGGCAAAAAUAUAAAAAUCGUUGACAACACAUUAUCAGAUUUAUUUUAACUUUUUAAUAUUUCUAUUAAGAAUGAUUUUCUCUUGUACGCAUCUAAAAGACACUAUUCAAAACAUUGUAUUGAAGUCAUCUGAGAACGGACAACAUAAUACGUAUAGACAAUUCCUUGAAAUAUAAAUGCAUUGAUACAAAUACCAAUCCAUCUUUUGAACUAGGAAAUCUUCAUAAAGGUAGAUUAGCUGUUUACCGCCCUCUUGGAUUAUAAAAAAACAAUAGUACGCAAUCGGUCUAGUUCUUUGUAAAUUUUGAGACAGAUUUGCAAUUAAUAAAAGAAAGUUUAGUGAUAUAUUUCAUUUUUUAGACAGUUUCAACAAAUACCAAAUAUUUCUGUUUGUUCGAAUCAAUAUUUAACUUACCAAUUUAAGCGGAGAUAACACAAACAGUAUUAUUGUCAUGAAUGAAAGUUAAAGAAAUUGCAUUGUUUACUUCUAGCAAGAAAACAAGUUCGGUAGCACCAUGUUUUUCUUUUAAAUGUCUUAACGUAUACUAUCAAACAUUUCUUUUCAUCUUUUAUUUCAAUUUUUUUUUUCACAGAUUUCUUUUUAUUCACAUAAAAUAUUUUUUUUAUAAAUAAUUUUAUGGACUUCCGCUUUUUGAAUUGGCCUUGUAUUUUAUUUUUUUCUGCUUAUUUUUUUCAUUGUGUUCAUCUUAUUUACACACUGUAGCUACAUGUAUGUAAUGUCUUAGUUUUACGUUAACACAUUUUAUCCAAGAUCAUCUGUUUCACAUCAAAAUAUGGUUUCAACACUAAAAGCCUUUUUAUUAUUAUUUUUACUAUUGAAAUACUAAUUUACUUAUUAUCAUUAUUAAUUUGUAUCAUAUAUGCACAUUCAAUCUUAAUGACUAAAUUAAAAUAAAUUGUGGUCAUU